AGAAAACGCUAUCGGAUCGUCAACGGCUUCGUUCAGUAGUCCGCGACUUGCCGACGCACAAACGCGUUCACGAUAUAUUGUUAAUUUGUAACGCAUCUGUAAAAGUGUUGGCGAACUUUCGAUUUUGGAACACUUUCAAAAUAAAUCCAUAGCAUUUAUUUUUGAUAAUUUGGGCUGAUCUCAAUUGCUAAACAAAAAUGCCUGAAGUAGACACCAACAACGAACUGGCUACACUGAAAGAUUGGCUGUGUAAACAACCUCAUUUGCCACAUGAAGUCGAUGACAUCCUCCUCCUUCGUUUCCUGACGAGCUGUCGCUACAGUCUCGAGCGUGCCAAGAGGACCAUUGACUUAUUCUUCACCAUUCGUGCUAAUGGACCUGAGCUGUUCUGCAAACGAGACCCCUGGUCUCCAGAGAUCAGACGUGUCUUUGAAAUCACGGAUAUGCUUCCUCUCCCACACAAGACGAAAGAAAACUAUAAAAUCUUCAUCUACCGCCUGAAUAACCCUGAUCUAGACCUGUUUAACUUCGUGGAUGCCGUCAAGACUUUCUUCAUGUUGGCUGACACCAGACUCACUGAGGAUCAUGAGAUACCUGCUGGAGAGAUCCCCAUUUUCGACGCAGCUAACGUGUCUAUUAAGUUUAUUGGGAAAGUAAACCUUUCUGCUCUCAGGAAAUACAUGAUGUACACACAGGAAGCGAUGCCAAUCCGGCUAAAACAAGUUCACGUGAUCAAUGCUCCUUCGUACAUCGGCAAGAUCUUCGCUUUGUGCAAGCCGUUUUUGAAGACUGAAGUUUCUAAACUGAUAAAGUUCCACGAGCCCAACACUGACACCUUAUACAAGGAUAUACCACAAGACCUCCUACCCACAGAGUUUGGGGGUAAAGCUGGUUCCAUUGAAUCCAUCAAACGGGAAUGGAUCAAGAAGAUGGAAGCUAAAAGGGAUUGGUUCUUAACCAACGACAAGAGAUGGGCGGUAGACGAGGCUCUGAGACCUUCAGGCAACCAUGACGACAGGGUGAAUUCCGUGAAGGAGUUACCCGGUUCCUUCCGAUCAUUAGCUUUAGAUUGAUUACUUGUAUAAAGCCUACAUAUAGUAUUAUUUUGAUAAAGCAACCUCUUUUGGAUAUUAAUUAAAUAUUUCGAACUUUUUCAGUGCUUUUGCAUAAAAGUUAUACAGAUGUUUGACACGAUUUUUUCUAAAGCAUUUUUUGUAAUAAUAAUUUAACUUUUUUUUGUUACAACAGUGCACCUUUAAUUUUAAAAUUAAAAUGGAUUUAUUUUAAUAAUUAUUUAAUUACUAUCCUAUUGUUUAAAAUUUUGUUUUUUUAUUAUUUUAAAGUUAAGGUGAUGUGGUGUGGCUCAAAUAGGUGUCCAAUCAAAUUAGGUUUUUUUUUUUCUUUUUUUUGUAUUUGUAUUUGUAUUAAGAUUUAGAUUUAAGAUAGAGUGAAGUUCAAAUUUUGAAAAAGGAGUUAAACUAAUGUCUUCCAUAUUAGAUACGUACCUAGUUGUACAAAAGUUCUCUUAAAACUGUACUUAGGUAAGUAUAUUAUUUUUAUUUCAAAUGAAGUGAGAUUUAGUGUUACCAGUAUGAUUAUUUUGGAUAAAAGUAUGAGUAGAUAUUAACUCACAUCUCACUUUUGCAAUAUUUUGAUACUGUUUGUAAAAGUACCUCACGGAACGGUAUUUUAACUAUUAAUGUGUGAUAAAUAUUAGUGGCUACGUUUAAUGUAAGUUUAAUAUAAAUACAAUUUUAUACAUAUUUUUAAAUAAAAAGGAUUCGCAGUAA